UGAAAUCCUAGCAACCCUUGCCUAAAAAAUUUAAAAAUAUAAGUAGGCUUUGGAAGACAAAAUCAAGCAACGUCGUAACCAGCAUACCAGCCAGUGUUCAUUCCAAACCUAAACCUGAAGGGAACACCACUUCCCACAAUUAUUUUUUUGUCACAUAAAAAUCGGAGCAAAUAAGCAAAACUGAAAAAAUGUCCUCGUACAUUUCGCGCUGGCUCAAGGCUCCGUCCGCUUCCAAGCGUCUUAUUUCGCAUUUGACUCAACGAGAAGGUAAGCUCAAUUCCCUGCUGCGUCGCCUGGGAUUGCAGCCGCAGUCGGGUGGAAGAGCAGCACCGGGACCGCGUCCCAUCUCCACCACGCAGGUGCAGAAGUCAGUUCUUAUUGAUGAUGACGAACUGGUUACCGGGAUUCAGAAGCGCGAGUUGCAGCUCGCCAAGCAGGGAUGCACUGAUCCCUGGGGCGUUGGAAAGAUCAUCAGACGUGGUUCAGGACGCGAAAAUGAUCCUACAGUGCUGCCAUCGGCUUUCGAUUACCGCCUAGUGGGCUGCCUCUGCUUGGACGACCGCUUCGCCAAGUGGAUGUGGAUUGAGAAGGAUGAGGGGCCCAAGCGCUGCGAGUGCGGCCACUACUUUGUGCUUAAGAAUGUUUCCCCAAUCUAAAAUGUUCCUCCUGAUACAUUAACAGAGCGCUGUACACCCGAACAUAUUCACACUUUCACACAGAUUUCACACACUCGACAUACGCAGGGCACCAUUGGUUUAAACCACAACGGACAAUAAACAUUGCAUGAUAUUAUCAACACAAA